UGCACUCGUCGUCUGUCUAUAGUGCAAUUAGUUGAUAUUUUUGUUUCCUACUCCACACUUCCUCACCGUAGUUCACCACUUCGCGACAGUGUCCCUCAUCAUCCUGCUCUGAUACCAAUUCUCUCUCGUCAAGACGCUGCCUGUGCUUCUCGCUCGUCUAGAUGCGCGCCAGCCGUGCGGCUGACUGUCAGGCGUCGCGGUCACCACAAUUGGCUGCUCCUCUGCCGCACUUCUUCGCAGCUGCAUCCUGUCACUAUGUGCCUAGGCGCCAGCCUGUCUGCGUGCUCCGUAUUUGCUCCUGUCGCGUUCUAACCCCUGUGCUCGGCUGCCUCAGUCGGUGCGGUUCUUGAUCUUGUUCUUGUAUUUGUUCUGUUCUUCAUUCAAUUUGUUGCUUCCUUCUCAAUUGCUUCUCUUGUUGCGUCCGGCAACUUCCGCCUAUUCAUUCAUUCAAUGCAAACCUGAUUCUCCGUCUCACAUGACCAUCAAAAUCGAAUCUCCUACUCAAUUAUCAGUCCAGGACAUCGCCAACUUUGCGCGUCUCCGGACGCGUUCGUCGCGUCGCCUGCUGCAAACGGUCGGUCUAGUCUUUGUCUUGCUGACUAUCGCCAACCUGUGCUUUCCUCGCUCGUACCUGCUCUCCGUGACCGGCAACAGUCCGCUCUUCGUUCCCCUGCCGCCCGCGCCUCGGUUUCCGGAGCAUUUUGUUCAUGGAUCGCGCGUGCCGGGUACGGAGUCGGUGUUUCUCAUGGUCAAGACCGGGGCGACUGUGCUCUGGAAGCGACUACCCGUUCACCUGAACGUUACUUUUCCGCAAGUUGAGAAUUAUGCGAUUUACUCGGACGCGCCGGAUUCGUUUGCGGGUAUUCCUGUCAUUGACACGCUCGCGAACGUGUCUGAACGACUUCGUCUGUCGGACGCGUUCAUCACCUACCGCCAGCAGCAAGGGAUCCUGAGAGAACGCCCCGAGAUCGGAGCCGAAGAACUAGCGGCGGUGGUCAAGGAUGCGUGGUGGCUUGAUCGGUUCAAGAACCUGCCGAUGCUGGCGCACGCGUACCGCACCAAGCCGAACGCGAAAUGGUACAUUUUCAUCGACGGCGACACGUUUGUGUUUUGGACGCGUCUGAUGCGGUGGCUGAAUACGCUCAAUCCGGAUGAUGUGCUGUAUAUGGGUUCGCGAGCGACUACGGGGGAUGAGGACUUUGCGCACGGCGGGUCGGGUGUGGUUCUUUCGAACGGGCUGAUGAGAAAGGUGUUUGGGCGAUGGAGGACGCCGAUUGAGUAUGAGUACGACGAUUUUUCGAUUGCCGAUUGCUGCGGCGAUCAUGUGCUUGCGCACGCAUUGCUUGAAGAGGGGAUUCCACUCAGUCAUGGACCGGGGUAUCCUCACGUUAGGAAACGGUUUCAGGGCGAGCCUCCGAGUCUGGUGUAUUUGAGCCCGAAGGACUGGUGCGAGGAGAUUGUUACGUUCCAUCAUCUGACGCCGCAGGAGACCACAGAGCUGUACGAUUUCGAGGCGCAGUUUGGUCCGACCGAGCCGAUUCUGUAUAAAGAUGUGUAUAAUCGGUUUGUGAUGCCGCACAUCAAGCCCGGCCGGAAGGGAAAUUGGGACAAUGGCUCGUCGGGGAAGAAGUACACGCCGCCGACGGAGAACGACGGGGUGCAGACGGAGGUGGGCGAGACGGCGUAUACGUCACAUGCAGAGUGUAGGAAGAAAUGCGACAGCGAUCCGGAGUGUUUGCAGUUCAAGUAUAAGAAAGACUGCUGUAUCUUGUCUGAUACGAUCAGGUUGGGACAAGCGGAUUUGAGCGGGGGCGAUGCGUUUAGCUCGGAGUGGAAUAUCGGCAAGAUUCGGGCGAUGAGGAAGGAUAGUGGAUGUGAUAGGCUAUAUGAUGUUGAUGAGGAGGAAGGAUCUUUCUACAUUGAUUGAAUAGUUUCUGCUAGUUAAUGCAAUUGUGUUAAUCUGAAAUAAAAGAGAAUUUGGAGACACAGGAAAUAGAAUUCCAGAGAUUUUUGAAUUUCCACGCAACCAAACCCUCUCCGGCUUCCUCACCAAAGCGCAAAAAAAAACCUCGUCAAUGAGCUUCCUUCUACGCAGAUCUUUUGUGUUUCAUCCUCCAACAACGCUAAUCCGCACACCAGUUUGGUCAUCGGGUUUACAGAUCGGGAGAUUAAUUUCUACGAGCGGUAGUUUGCGAUUGCGAUUGCAGAGAAAACAAGGAAUUCACGGGAAUAAAUUUUCAGAGGGGUAUAGUACAAUGUCUGAUCCUGCGCUUGAGUUGCUUUCAAAGACGUUUGCGUCUUCUAUGAUGCUUAAUGCUGAUCCUGAUGUGAGUCGUCUAUUUUUGUAUUUUUGUUACAAGAAAAAAUAGUUGUUUGGA